UUGACAGCACGGCAGACAGACAGUGGCGCGGUCGUCGACGCAGCGUCUACCGGAUUAUUUUUAUUUUGAUAGUGAAUCAUUUAACGACCAGACUACGUUCUCUGACUCGUUACGCGUCGGUUUGCAAUAAAAACUCUAUUUACUACAACAGUGACGAGUGAUAGACGUUUAGUUGACGAAUUUUGGUGCUAACCUCUUCAUUCUUUUUUUUUCUCCCGUCAGUGUUUUUGAGAACUGCAAGGCUGAUCGAUAUGUGCAAGAUUUACCACAGAUGACUCUGCGUUACUCAACCUCGUGUUGAUUUCUUCUGAUGAGGUAGCCAAGGUGGUGAUCUUGGCGGGAUGCAGGGCGGCGGUGCGCCCGCCGCGGACGCCGACCAGGCUCAGUUUGAGGCCGACAAGAGGGCCGUGUAUAAACAUCCACUAUUCCCCCUACUGGCACUCCUCCUGGAGAGAUGCGAGCAAGCGACAGCAGGGGCAGAGCCUCCUGCGGCCGAGGCCUUCGGCGCAGACCUACAGGCCUUCGUCCAGCAUCAGAGACGAGACCGAAGGCCCUUCCUCGUGGACGACCCCGAGAUAGACGGACUUAUGAUUAAAAGCAUUCAGGUGCUAAGGAUUCACCUCCUGGAGCUGGAGAAGGUGCAGGAGCUAUGUCGAGACUUCUGUGGGAGGUACAUUGCGUGCCUCAAGACUAAAAUGCAGAGCGAGAACCUGCUGCGGACUGAUUAUUCUUCUGGUGGUGUAGAAAGCAACAACAAUCUAUCGGGGUCUAUAGACGAACACUCGAGCACGUCCAACUCGCCACAAUAUCAGUCGCCCCCCGCCCCGCUGGUGUCGGCUCAGUUCCCGGCCGUGUACCCGCCGCACACAGACCUGCCUUAUGCGCCGGCGCAGCGGGACACACCGUCCCUAGUAGUCCAGGGUUCGACGCCGAUCAGUCAGAUAGGUGCGGGGCUGCUCUCAACUGACUCAUUUACUGGUACGAAUUCCAACAAUUCAUGUUCCUCUGUAUCCGGUUCCCCACCCCCCGAGGAGGAGUGUACGGACGAGGGGGGCAAGCGGGGGGUACUACCUCGACAUGCCACGCAGGUCAUGAGGGCCUGGCUGUUCCAGCAUCUUGUUCACCCAUACCCGACAGAAGAAGAGAAGCGCACCCUGGCGGCACAGACGCGACUGACUCUGCUGCAGGUCAACAACUGGUUCAUCAACGCGCGCCGACGGAUCCUGCAGCCCAUGCUCGACUGUGCUGAUAAACCUGGUGGUAAGAAAGGUAAGAAUGGCUCCUCAAUCAGCAAGAGGUACUGGCCUGAUGCACUCUCCAACCCACAGUUCACAGCCGGUCUCCUAUCAUCAUCAGAAGACGAGGAUCAGGAAGGCGACCCAUCAGGUGACGAGCAGGACUCGACAAGCGAUCAGCCAGAGCAUACCACGUACCCUAUUCAGCAACCAAUGCAUUAAAUCAGGUAGUGUCCAGUUUUAGCACCGAGUACGUCACUGUACUGCAAUAACCAGUAUAAAUUGAUUGUCGAAUGUAUGGUAAGAUUGGACAAAGUGAGGUCAGGGAAAACUGGUUUUGUAUAGUACCAUGGAUCGAACUAUGUAAAACCAGUUUAAAUUGAACGUCGUGUGUAUGGAAAGAUUGGACAAAUCGAGGUCGUGAUAAGCUGGUAUCUAAGGAAUCAUUAAAUGUCAGUUAAUUUAAUUCAGUUAACAGAUAAUAAUUCAUUUGAUAGUUUAUGAAUGAUUAUUAACAAAAGAAAAUAGUGUCCUUUAGUAUACAUUUAUACAUAUUUAUUAAAUGUGGCAAAAUAGUAUUCUUCAUCGUCCAUUGUAGUAAAAUGUAAACUCGCAAUUCAAUUUUACGCGGGAAACCGUUUGACAUUGACAUUCGAUGACAGAUGUAGUGACGUACCCGUUACUAAAACUAGCAUGAUCGAUUGGACAAUUACGAAAUCGAGUUAGUCGAUUCCAUUACGAUUCAAAUGUAUACGUAUUAAUUUUAAAAAUAAAAAUUAUCUUUUCAUGACGAACGCCAUGUCACAAUGAAAUUCAUUUAUUUAUAUAUAAAUAAAAAAAAAUAAAAAGACAUAAUAAUAUAAAAUAUAUUGACAGUAUACCGUUAAUUUUUAAGCGUAGAAUAGUAAUUAUAUUUCUGGUAACAGUGUGUUUGAAAAUAGAAAAUUUCUAUUAAUAUGGUAUACGAUAUAUCAAAGUUUGGACGCUAUAAACCAAACUAUACUAAAAAUAUAACAGAGCCAUGUUUCGGCACGAAUGGGCCGGCUCGACCGGAGUGAU